AACUUUGCUUAUUUUGUAACUUGGCCAAACAGCAACUGCUAAGCAGGCAAAAUUCAGCUAGCUGUUGUAAGGAAACAAAAAAUGGGAACUCACAGCUGGACAUGGUUUCUCUUGUUUGCUUUCUUUUUUCAUCAAGCAGACCAGACAGUGUUUCUAUCAGGCAAAGAUGCAAAUAAAGUUAUUGCUAGAUCAAAGCGUGGCCGUUCUAUGAUUCUUGAGGAGAUCUUCCAAGGUAAUUUGGAAAGAGAAUGCCUUGAAGAAAGAUGUACAUAUGAAGAAGCAAGAGAAGCAUUUGAAGAUACUGAAAAAACGAACCAGUUCUGGAAUGGCUAUUUUGGUGGCAUACAAUGUUCCUCAAGCCCCUGCCUGCAUAACAGUGUAUGCAAGGACAGUAUUCGCAGUUACACAUGUAAUUGUACAGACGGUUUUGAAGGACUCAACUGUGCUUUUGCUAAAAAUGAAUGUCGCCAUGAAAUGGAUGUGGGUUGUCAACACUUCUGCUAUCCAGAACUGAAGUCCUACCGUUGUUCUUGUGCAAAAGGCUAUGAACUUGGACAAGACAAGAAAUCAUGCAUUCCACUAAACAAGUGUGCAUGUGGUAGAUCUCAAGACUACAUAGCAACGCAACUGAGUGCAACCGAAAAGAACCACAGAGGAUUCCCCUGGCAGGUCUUGCUCUUAAAUGCAGAUGACCAGUGGUUCUGUGGAGGUGUUCUACUGAAAACCAAUUUUGUUCUGACUACAGCUGAAUGUGCACUACUUUCUCCUGUCAGUGUUGCGAUUGGACUGAACAACCUGCAAAGAGGGAGACAAGUAAUACAUGUGAAGCAGACCAAUAUACACAUCCGCUAUGACAACGAAACAGGUGAAAACAAUCUGGCAUUACUUGAACUUAGAAGACACAUUGACUGUGACAGCUACCACUUACCCAUAUGUGUUCCAGAGAGAGAUUUCGCAGAGAAUGUACUGAUUUCAAAACUGGCAGCUACUCUCAGUGGCUGGAAAGUGGCUGAAAACCAAUCAGCAGAUCCACUAAGUGAACUAUCUGUUUCAUACCUCAAUGAAAAUGAAUGCAAGCAGAACCUCAACAGAAGUCUAAUAACAAGAGAAUUCUGUGGAUACAGUCACGAGGGACCUAGUGAGCUACUGGCUGGGGGAAGUUUUAGUGCCAUUGACUAUAAAGGCACGUGGUUUCUGACUGGUGUUUUAGAACCUUGGGCCACAGAAGCAAGUAAUUGGGAAACACUUAUAUUUACCAAGACUACAAGAUACAUGAUGUGGUUUAAACGAAUCAUGGACUAAUCAAGUGCAUAGCAAAGAAACAAGUGGAAUGGCAAUAUGUAGAAUCCACAAGUCAGUAUUGUAAAUAUUAUGUAUGUUUAACUGUAAAAUAAAGCUCAUUAACCCCA